CUAACAUGCCUCUCUCGUCUCAGGAUCAUGUCUCUUCCCGAGAGACCAGGGGCAAAGCCCUCAUAUGAGCAGAGGAGCUCGUACCGAAAAUCUCCCUCGAGGCGUAAUCGACCGAAUGAUAUAGAAGCCAGUGGUUACUACCCCGUCACGGGUGGGCAACAUCAACGUGGGCCUUCAGUGAACUCGUUUGCGGAAACUAUCAAAUCGCCUAACUCGAACAUAGAGAGUGCCCCAUUGUCCCCGUCCGCCGACCAACUCGAGCACGGCCCCGACCAGCCAUUUCAGAGGAAGAGAAGCUUGAUCAGGCCAGAGAGGAAUAGGAUCGACAAGGACCAUCCCAACUAUCACUACCGCAAGCAUGCCGCCAAGAUGAGCACCCUACCCUCGUCGACGGGCAACGAUCCUGUCCUCGAGGAUGUUUCCGGUGCGACUGAAUCCGGACCGCCGUCGGGCUCCAAUUCGGCUUCCGGCUCAGGUGUACGUGAGGAGAACAUCCCACGUAAGUCUAGGAAAGCCUCUGGUCGCGAAACGGUAGCCGAGAAGUCGGAUAACACCCGGCGUAGGGCGUCGGGAAGGAACAAUAAAAUCGUAAAGGAGGGGAAGCGUAAGGAAAAGAUCCCAGAGCAACUAAGACCACCCAGCGCCUGGAACGUUUACUGCGCUAUUAUUACGUUCUGGUGCCCCGACUUCAUCAUGAAGUGCUGCGGGAUGCCCGCGAAGGCCCAGAGGAGGGCAUGGCGCGAAAAGAUUGGUCUCAUCAGUCUCAUCUUGAUGAUCAUGGCCGUCGUAGGCUUCUUAACGUUUGGCUUUAACCAGGCUGUUUGUGGCGGCCCCGUCCUGCGCCUGCAUAUAAACUCUGUCGAUCGCAGUUACAUGAUUUUUCACGGUACAGCGUACAACCUCGAUGGAUCCCAUCACCCGGUCGCCGAGGGAAUCCCCAAGCGCAUCGACGGAACUGGUGCAAAUGUGGUUUACGAUCUUCCCGAAAGGUAUGGAGGAACAGACGGCAGUUUCAUGUUCCAAAACGUGAAUGGUAGAUGCAAGGGUCUCAUCACGAAAGCUCCAAACUCGAACGUGCCGUCAGAGGGCGACAACCUGGCUUGGUACUUCCCGUGCCACGCCCGCAAUCAGGAUGGAUCAUCUCAACCCAACAUGACUUAUCCGUACUACUUUGGCUACGCAUGUCACACGACGCCGCUGGCUCGAUCGACCUUCUACACCCAGCUGGAGAAAAGCGCUGAUGUCUACUUCACAUGGGACGAUAUUCGAAACAACAGCCGCAACUUGUUCGUUUACUCUGGCAACGUUCUCGAUCUUGACCUUCUGUUCUGGUUCAACAGGGAGGAGGUCAACAUUCCCCGUCGUUUUGAAGAGCUACGCGACAAGAACAACGCCGCCAACCGUGCUAUCAGGGGCCGUGAUGCCACACGCAUGUUCAUGGCCUCUGGCGACAGACAAAUCGCCGAAUGCUUCGAGGAGAUCAUCAAGGUUGGCACUGUAGACACGGAUACCGUUGGCUGCAUUGCCGCCAAGGUGGUGCUCUACGUUUCUUUGGCGCUCAUUCUGUCGGUUGUAGGGGCACGUUUUGCUCUUGCUCUGAUCUUCCAGUGGUUUAUCAGCAAGAACUACGCUGCAGACAAGACUUCUCAGACUUCGGACAAGCGCAAGCGCAACAAGCAGAUUGAGGACUGGAGCGAUGACAUCUACCGCGCACCUCCACGGAUGCCUGGCGAUGUCGGUAGCAGUGUGGCCGGCGCUAGCAGCUCAGAUCACACCAGCAAACGCAGCUCUUUCUUACCCACCACUUCUCGCUUCUCGACUGUCUAUGGCGCUGAACGGAACGCCCGUAACAAGUCGAUGCCUACCACCAUGGCAAGCCAGGCCUCAGGCGGCUAUCUGGGCCCCAGCUCUACAGUCUACCGCCAGGCCAACGACAGCCGCACAAGCUUCCUCAAGAGCGACCCCUACGCCACCAGUUCCGGCCCCAUCGAAGGUCCGGGCCCCGCCGGGUUCAUUCACGACUCUGUUGUGCCGCAGCCGCCCUCUGACUGGAUGCCAUUUGGUUUCCCGCUCGCCCACACCAUCUGCCUAGUCACUGCCUACUCCGAAGGUGAACUCGGUCUUCGCACCACUCUCGACUCGGUUGCUAUGACAGAUUAUCCCAACAGCCACAAGGUCAUUCUCGUUAUUUGCGAUGGCAUCAUCAAGGGCAAGGGAGAGUCCAAGUCUACACCUGACUAUGUACUCGGCAUGAUGAAAGAUCACACCAUUCCGGUCGAAGAUGUCGAGGCUUUCUCCUAUGUGGCGGUGGCCAGCGGCUCCAAGCGACACAACAUGGCAAAGAUUUAUGCUGGUUUCUACGACUAUGGUGCUAAGUCUAACAUCCCCUUGGAUAAACAACAGCGCGUGCCGAUGAUGGUUGUGGUCAAAUGUGGUACUCCCGACGAGAUGGUUAAGUCGAAGCCUGGUAACCGUGGCAAACGUGACAGUCAGAUCAUCCUGAUGUCGUUCUUGCAGAAGGUCAUGUUCGAUGAGCGCAUGACUGAGCUCGAGUACGAAAUGUUCAACGGCUUGUGGAAAGUCACGGGUAUUUCCCCCGACUUUUACGAAAUCGUGUUGAUGGUGGAUGCCGACACAAAGGUAUUCCCUGAUAGUCUUACGCACAUGAUCUCGGCCAUGGUGAAGGACCCUGAAAUCAUGGGACUUUGCGGCGAGACCAAGAUUGCAAACAAGCGAGACAGUUGGGUUUCUGCCAUCCAGGUCUUCGAGUACUUUAUCUCACACCACCUCUCCAAAUCGUUCGAAUCUGUGUUUGGUGGUGUCACUUGCUUGCCCGGUUGCUUCUGCAUGUACCGAAUCAAGGCACCCAAGGGGGCUCAAAACUACUGGGUCCCCAUUCUCGCCAACCCGGACGUGGUAGAGCACUACUCUGAAAACGUUGUCGAUACGCUGCACAAGAAGAAUCUGCUACUUCUUGGAGAGGACCGUUACUUGACUACUCUCAUGCUACGGACCUUCCCCAAGCGCAAGCAAGUCUUCGUCCCGCAGGCUGUCUGCAAGACGACUGUUCCCGACUCCUUCAUGGUACUUCUGUCUCAGCGUCGUCGCUGGAUCAACUCGACUAUUCACAACCUGAUGGAACUCAUCCUGGUCCGCGAUCUUUGUGGCACAUUUUGUUUCAGCAUGCAAUUUGUUAUUUUCAUCGAGCUGAUCGGAACUCUUGUCCUGCCCGCUGCCAUUGCGUUUACAUUCUACGUCGUAAUAAUCUCAAUCAUCAACCAACCGCCUCAAAUCAUCCCGCUCGUCCUGCUAGCCUUGAUCCUGGGUCUACCGGCAGUGCUCAUCAUUAUAACGGCGCACUCAUGGUCUUAUGUCCUCUGGAUGCUUAUCUACCUCCUGUCUCUACCUGUGUGGAAUUUCGUCCUCCCGGCGUACGCAUUCUGGAAGUUUGACGACUUCUCGUGGGGCGACACGCGCAAGACGGCGGGUGAGAAGACAAAGAAGGCCGGUAUCGAGUAUGAGGGCGAGUUCGACAGCAGCAAGAUCACGAUGAAGCGCUGGGCCGAGUUCGAGCGCGACCGCAGGGCACGGCAGAGCCAGUACUGGGGCUCCAGGGAAAACGUAACGGGCGGUGGACGAACGGCGAGUGGAGUUUGGGCAAGCGCGCCACCGCACCAUCACCAGCAGCAGUACGACGAGUACUACUCUGACGCGUGA